AUGGCGCUCACUCAGGCCGUUGCGGAGGGCGGCUUGAAACUGAAAUUCCGCGAUGGAAGCGACCUGUGCCUUCAAUUUGGUGGAAUGUGUGAGCUCCACGGCGCCAAGACAAUCAGGGACGGAGUGUUUUAUCGUCCGCGUGGGGACAACUUUCCAAGUAUAGACGCCUGUGGCAUUCCGAACGGUGAGGAGGCCAAGAAGUUGUACUUCAUCCAAAUCGCAACAGGGCGUGAACACAUCCGGAUUCAGAAGAGGCAUUCGGAUCGCGUUGCAGUGCCAAAAGACUGCAAUGGAGGAGUUGACGCAUUGAAGCACGAAGGCCGCACAAGUGGCAAGUCCGUCUGUGAACAAGUGGCCUGUGCUGAAUCCAUUUUGGACGGCCACCACUGA